UUCCUAAUUGUCCUCGCGAAGAACGCCACGACGUUAUGCGCCGCUUCGCGUCACGUCGCGUCGCGUCGCGUCGCGCCGCAGUAUGUGACCGCGUUUGCCUCCAUCACAUCGUUCAUGUGCACGUCGCCGUCUUCGUAUUCUAAUCCUUAGACCGCAGCGGAAGCGGCGACACGAAGAAGAGGCGGCGAAAAAAGAGGAAGAGACGUGAGUUUUGGCGAUUCUACGGGCAGUGUCGACGCGUGUGUGCGGUGCCGCGUGACAGUGCACGUGGAGACAGUGCGGGUGAGACAGUGCGCGGUGCAGUGCGGCGACAGGCAGAAAGCGGGAAGAAGAAGAAGAAGAAGAAGGAGGAAGAGGAGGAGGAGGAGGAGGAGGAGAAGGAGGAGAGAAAGACAGCGAAACGUAGUUGGGUGGAGUAAACGGAGCACGGAACGAGAGGAGAGGAGGGAGAGGAGGAAGAGGAACAAGUGGCACGGAGGAGGUGAGCCACGAGCGAAAAGAGAUAGGAAAGAAGACGAAUUUUCUCCGCGAGCGAGCGCGCGCGCGCAAGCUCGCCGACACCAAGUAUGCUGUGGAGUGACGAAGCGGCGUCGUGGAUUUCACGGAUCGAUCGGCCGAUCGAUUUUUCUAAAUAGGAUACGCGCCGCCCCGCGUGUGUGUGUACCAUAUGUGUACGGGCGCGCGUGUGUGCCUCGUAAUUGCUACACGGAAGAAGAAUCGUCGUCGACGUCGUCCCCGCCCGGCCAGGCCGGGCCGGUGAAUCGAAUCGCCGCGCCGGUGGAUCGACCGCCCGCGCCCGCGCCGUCUGCCGCGGGAAAACUUCAGAUCCGGUUUGCUUUCCACGGCUGACGUCAUUACCGUUCACAAUGCGCUAGGGGUGAUGGAGACAGUGGGCAAGCAAGUUCAGGUAGUGAGUGGACUGGGGGUGGGGGGUCCGGUGGGCCCUGUGGGCCCAGUGGGGGGAGAUCUGCAUCACCAUCAUCAUCCACACCCGCACGCCCUUCCUCCGCACCCACACUCCCACCCCCACGGUCACCCCCAUGGCUCCCACGGCCACUCGCUCGCGACGUCGAACCCCGGCAGAGGUCAGCCUCAACCACCGACCUCGCAUAACCAGCACGUACCUGCGAGAUCCACUCCCGUACAGCUGCAUAGACCGACGCAAAAUUAUGUCAACAUCAAGAGCAGUAGCCCGGUAUCUCCGAGGACGAUAGGAACGGGAGCGACGUACGUGCAGGGUGGUGCGGCCGCAUCGUCCGCGGCGGCGGCGGCCGCAGCG